UUGGAUGAGGAAUGCGGUUCCAGUAGCCAGCCUUACCGAAUCCCCAAAGCAUCCCUCCUCUCAUCAUUCAGGGCCGGCGGCACCAUGGCUGGCUUCAGACAGGAGGAUGUUGAGCUGUAUUAUGACAUGGGAGAGGAGCUGGGAAGCGGGCAGUUCGCCAUCGUCCGUAAGUGCAAGGAGAAGAGCAGCGGCGCCGAAUACGCAGCCAAGUUCAUUAAGAAGCGGCGGCUGUCGUCCAGCCGGCGGGGCGUGAGCCGCGAGGAGAUCGAGCGGGAGGUCAACAUCCUGCGGGAGAUCCAGCACAGCAACAUCAUCACCCUGCACGACAUCUUUGAGAACAAGACGGACGUGAUCCUGAUCCUGGAGUUGGUCUCCGGAGGGGAGCUGUUUGACUUCCUGGCCGAGAAGGAGUCCCUGACCGAGGAGGAGGCCACGCAGUUUCUCAAGCAAAUCCUGGACGGCGUUCAUUACCUCCACUCCAAGCGCAUCGCUCACUUCGACCUGAAGCCCGAGAACAUCAUGCUGCUGGACAAGAACGUGCCCAACCCCAGGAUCAAGCUGAUUGACUUUGGGAUCGCUCAUCAGAUUAAAGCAGGGAAUGAGUUCAAGAACAUCUUUGGAACUCCAGAGUUUGUCGCACCAGAAAUAGUCAAUUAUGAGCCACUCGGCCUGGAGGCAGACAUGUGGAGCAUCGGAGUGAUCACCUACAUUCUGCUGAGCGGUGCGUCACCGUUUCUGGGUGAGACCAAGCAGGAGACUCUGACCAACAUUUCAGCCGUCAACUACGACUUUGACGAGGAGUAUUUCAGCAACACCAGCGAGCUGGCCAAAGACUUCAUACGCCGCCUGCUGGUCAAGGAUCCAAAGAAGAGAAUGACAAUCGAUGACAGUCUUGAGCAUCCUUGGAUCAAGGUGAUCAAGAGGCGGAACGUGCGUCAGGAGGAGCGAGAUCACAAGACCGAGCGCCGGCGCCUGAAGACCACCCGUCUGAAGGAGUACACCAUCAAGUCCCACUCCAGCAUGCCCCCCAACAACACCUACGUCAACUUCGAGCGCUUCUCCCAGGUGCUGGAGGAGAUCGCGGCGGCGGAGGAGGGCCUGAGGGAGCUGGAGCGCAACCAGCGCUCCUGCCAGGAGGACGUGGCGGCGCUGCUGUCCAUAUACGAGGAGAAGGAGGGCUGGUACAAGGAGGAGAACCAGAGCAUCUCGGCCGACCUGAGCCACAUCCGCCAGGAGCUGCAGCGCACGCAGGCGCAGCGCAAGAAGUGCCAGGAGGACGCCCGGCUGACCAUGCAGACCGCCAGCGUCCUGAAGCGCAAGUUCGGCCGUCUGGAAAACCGCUACGAGGUCCUGGCCGAGCAGGUGGCCUCCGAGGUGCGCUGGGUGGAGGAGCUGGUCAGGUCCAUAUCGGCGGAGAAGGGCGGCCUGAGCCCCGGCAGCAUGCCCUGAGCCGGCCCCCGCCCGGCCAAAGACGUUUCCAUUUUCAGCUCGCCCCCCCACGCUGAUCCUCCUGCGCACCACACGGUGGAGUCCGAUGGGGUCGGUCGCCUCCGCCCUCCCAUCAGAAAAACAAAAACCACGACCCACCACAGAGCGAGUGCAACCAGAAGGGAGCCAGUACGUUCCAGCUGCAGCCACACCAGACGGCGCAUUCCUUUUUCUUUUUUUAUUCCAUAAUUUAUCAUUUUAGCUGCUUUUCGUUCCCCAACACAGCAGCCUUUGCAAACUAGAAUAGAAUUGCAUUUGUUGUUUUUUUUUUACUUUUUAAAAGGUCAUUUUAAGCUUUGUAGCUCUUUUAAAUGUCAUCCUUGUUUUAGUCGUGCCUCAUGGCACAGACCGGUUACGUUGGGCAUUCAGGGGUAUUUAUUGAUGCGGUUUUGUGGUUUUUAGUUUCGCUUCCAGCCGCGGGUUAAAUUCUCUCAAACAUGGGGGCAGCGUGGGGACUCUGAACGAUGCGCUAAAGGUAAACUUUCAGCAGAGAAUCGUUUUGACAUUUUUACAUGAAGCCUUUUCUCUGACAUUUCCAGGGGAAUCACGCAAAUAUUUUAUUUCUUACUACAAGCAAAGAAAGGAUGAUAUGUUGAACCUUGAUUUCUACAUUUAUUCCCAAUUAUUCUUCUGUGUCUGCUUUUUUUUUUUUUUUUUUUUUACUUCAGACGGAUUUUUCCACGAACCAGGUUUCUUCCUUUAAAUGAAGCACUUUCAGCAUCUGAAAUAAGUUGUUAGCAUUCAGUUAGCUCCAUCUUUUGCAGUUCACGGUUAAACGGUUCCAAACUAGUUUUUUUCCCAGGAACUUUCACAGAGAAUAAUUUGGGAAUUCAACCUGAAUCGACAAAAACUGGAUCAUCACAGAGAAUGUAUAGUUUUCUUCUCAGUGCCUGAAAACUAAUGGACCUCAUUGCCUCCGCGGAGCAUUCAUCUUGCCAUCGAGUUGGAAACAUUUCAGUCACUCCAGUCUUAGAAUGCAACAGUUAUUUGCACAGAAGCCUUCAAAACCAAAUAGUGCGCAUGGGCUCUCGCUCUGUACAGACAGCGUAGCUGUGCUCUCAUCCCUUCACAUUUGAAACAUUCCAUUGAUCAUUUUCAAGACAUCCGGCCGACACAUUCCCCAUGUACAGCAUAGAGCGCCUACGGUGUAGUUAGUAGUACUUUUCAGUAGAAAAAUGUAAUCAAUUGCACUUAAUUCAUUAAAGCAGAGCUCUACAAAUAUAUUUUAAUCUGCCUCUUUAAGCUGUAAAGACUAUCUGGGCCUGUUUGAAAUAAACAGUUAUCUCAAAACCAG